GAACCAGGCUCUGUUUUACUUGGAUGCGUGGUCAUAGGUGAAUCACGUGACUUGGCGAGGGGGUGGGACACCCGUGAAAGUGGAAUUCACACCUGACUCAGAUUUUGAUUUGCAGCUGAAAUUUGUCCAGAAGGAAGGAGGAUCUUUGCUGAAUCUAGGCCAUGUUUGGCACAGGGCAUCUGGUGUCUCCUCUGUCUCCCGCUAUCUUCCACUCCUCGGCUGCACAUUUCUUUCCGGCCUUCCCCAGCAGGUUAGGUUCACCGCAGAUCUUCAUUCCCGGCCCGUUGUUCAGCUACGAGCUACUGCGCAGCUACCUGCAGCCUGAGCCCUGCAAGCAAGCUUUGCUGUUGGCCUCUCAGGCAUCAGGACACCAUGCUGACAAUAUUGAUGAACCCCGGCCAGUGAAACAGCGGCGAGCACGGGCCAACUAUAACAGCUGGCAACUGGAAGAACUGGAGAAGGCCUUCGAGAGCACACACUACCCCGACGUCUUCAUGAGAGAAGCCUUGGCCCUCAGACUGGACCUGAUCGAGGCCAGAGUGCAGGUGUGGUUCCAAAACCGCAGGGCUAAAAUGCGCAGACAGAUGAAACUCCAAGGCCAGCCAGCUGAGCAGUGUAGCAGGAGUGAAGGAGACAACAGAGCGGCUGACCCAUCCAGCAGUGGUCCAGAGCUCCACAGCAGCAGCAGCCCAUGCCGGGAGAGGAAACAGGACAGAGGAAGCCCCAUUUGGCCUAAACCCACCUCAUCCUCUAUCCAUAGCCCCGUGAGCAACAUGCAGGAGAUGUCGGAAGUGUCCAGUCCUGAGGACUUCCGCUGCUGUAGCAUUGCCAAACUUAGGGCGAAGGCCAGGGAUUAUGAAGCGGAGAUCCACAGCGGUGUGGCCAAAGCCAGCAGAGGGAGACAACUGAAGACACAAGAAUCUGCCACAGUCCUGGAUAAAGACUAAACAGAUGUGACAGUAUGCAGUAUCACACAGGACCAGAGGAUACAUGCCAAAUCCCAUUAAAUUGAUAAUUUAUUGUCAUUUCAACAUCAUCCUGCUCCAUUACACAGCCAUGACUGGAAAAGCAAAACACAAAUUACAUGGCUCUGUAUUGUGCUUCCUUCUCUGAUCGUCACAACAUCAUUCAUUAUGUGAAGCCAAUGUGUUCUUUACAUUUUUUUUGUUACAUUUUAUUUGUCUUGUGGUGUUGCAAAUAUGAUAUUAAAGCGUAUAUAAGGCCUUCUGUACGUUUGCCUAUGUUUCAUAUAACUUAGUAAUGCAUAUGAGAGGUGUUUGUGUUAUACAUGACAAAUUAUGAGAAAUUACUGUAUUUAGAUUUUUUUUUGUGGCAGCAUCUAAACUAGCUGGUUUCACUGAAGUCAUAAUAUCAUUACAUAAAACAAUACCCUAAAUUUACAAGUUUUCAAACGGGGGUGGGGAACCACUUUUGGUGGGUCGCAGGAAUAAAGUGGGUCGAGAAAAGUCACUUGGUUGUUGUGGUGAAUGAUAGAUUUUCUUUGCAUGUAAAGUAUUGCAAUAAAACAUAUGUCAUUC